CAAUUGAUAAUUACAAUAUGCCCUUCUGUUUGGGCUUAUGAGGCCCAAAACGGGCCCACCGCAUCCACUCCCAUUGGCGCCAAAAUAAGUAACCAUCAAUUUUCCCGCCAAAAUCCUUCGUCUACCCCAAGACCCCAUUUCUCCCCCCUUUUCUCUCACUCACUUUCUCACAAAACACACACACACACACACACACACACAUUCAGCAAAACGACAUGGCUUCCGAUUCUUCUCCGACCAGAGAUGGUCCAUCUUCCCCAGAUGUCGGGCCGACGAGCCCAAUCAGCAACACACUCUCCUCCCCCGGCGACUCCCGUCGCCCAAAGCGCGGCCGCAGAUCCACCUACGCCACCCCUUCUCCGCUGCCCUCAGAUUCUCGUUUCAGAACCCCCGACGCAACUCCAACCCCCACCGCCACUAAUUCCCGCCGCCGCGGCGGCAGAGGCAGGCGGGCAUCCGAAACCCCCACCGCCGCCGCAGCCACACCAUCCUCCGCCGACGACGUGCCGCCCUCGUCGGAGGCCGGCGACAUGGACGAGGACGAGGCCCCACCGACCUACGUCUGGGGUACAACCGUCAGCGUACAAGACGUCAAUGCCGCGAUACUUAGGUUUUUGAGACACUUCAGGGAGAACCCCGAGCAAAUCGAGGGGAAGUACAUGAGGCUUAUCAACCACGUCAUCGAAAUCGAGGGGGAUUCGCUCGACGUCGAUGCGCAAGAUGUGUUCGAUUACGACGGCGAUUUGUACGCCAAAAUGGUUAGGUAUCCACUCGAGGUGCUAGCGAUUUUCGACAUCGUGUUGAUGGAUAUGGUUGUUAAAAUCAAUCCUCUAUUCGAGAAGCAUAUACAAGCUAGAAUUUUCAAUCUCAAGAGUUCGACUUCGAUGAGAAAUCUUAAUCCCGCCGAUGUCGAGAAGAUGAUUUCGUUGAAAGGAAUGAUAAUUCGAUGUAGCUCGAUUAUACCUGAAAUAAGGGAAGCGGUGUUCAGAUGUCUCGUGUGUGGCUAUUACUCCGAGCCGAUUGUGGUUGAUAGAGGGAGAAUUAACGAGCCGACCAUUUGUGGAAGGGAAGAGUGUCUUUCUAAAAAUGCAAUGACCCUUGUUCACAAUCGAUGCAGAUUUGCGGAUAAGCAAGUUGUGAGGCUCCAAGAGACGCCAGACGAGAUCCCCGAAGGAGGAACUCCGCACACUGUGAGCUUGUUGAUGCACGACAAAUUAGUCGAUGCUGGCAAACCAGGUGACAGAGUUGAGGUUACUGGAAUUUACAGGGCUAUGAGUGUCAGAAUCGGUCAAACGCAGAGGUCCGUGAAGUCAAUUUACCAGUCAUUGCAGGUGGAGAAAUUAAAGGAGCUAUCGAAAGAGGCCGAUAUUUACGAGAGACUGACGAGGUCGUUGGCACCAAACAUAUGGGAGUUGGACGAUGUAAAGAAAGGCCUUCUUUGCCAGCUUUUCGGCGGGAAUGCAUUGAAGUUGGUGUCCGGUGCUAGCUUUAGAGGCGAUAUUAAUAUUCUGCUCGUUGGAGAUCCCGGAACAAGCAAAUCUCAGCUGCUUCAGUAUAUUCACAAGCUUUCGCCUCGUGGUAUUUACACUAGUGGACGAGGAAGCUCUGCUGUAGGGUUAACUGCUUAUGUCACCAAAGAUCCGGAAACCGGUGAAACGGUCUUGGAGAGUGGAGCAUUGGUUUUGAGUGAUCGUGGAAUCUGUUGUAUUGACGAGUUCGAUAAAAUGUCCGAGAAUGCAAGAAGCAUGUUACACGAGGUGAUGGAGCAGCAAACAGUUUCAAUUGCGAAAGCCGGGAUCAUUGCUUCGCUAAAUGCAAGAACUUCAGUACUUGCUUGUGCUAAUCCAAUCGGGUCGCGUUACAACCCUCGUUUAUCCGUGAUCGAUAAUAUACACCUUCCUCCUACUCUCUUGUCCAGGUUCGAUUUGAUCUAUUUACUUCUUGACAAAGCCGACGAGCAGACAGAUCGGCGAUUAGCGAAACACAUUGUGGCAUUACACUUUGAAAAUCCCGACUGGAACUACACUUUAGUUCGUUGUGCGCAACCCCCAAGACAAAUCGAAAGUUUGAUACGCCUGAGUGAGGCCUUGGCCAAAAUUCGUUUCUCGGAAUUGGUCGAAAAACAGGAUGUAUUCGAGGCUUUUAGGCUUCUUCAGGUUGCAAUGCAACAGUCUGCAACUGACCAUUCAACAGGAACGAUUGACAUGGAUCUGAUUACGACUGGGGUUUCUGCAAGUGAGAGGAUGAGACGAGAGAACUUGGUAUCGACCACACGCAACAUAAUUAUGGAGAAAAUGCAAAUUGGCGGCAAAUCAACUCGCGUGUUGGAGUUACUCGAAGAGAUGAAGAAGCAGAGUCCUACUGCAGAAAUCCACCUUAAUGAUCUUCGAAAUGCACUGGCUACUCUUGCGAGCGAAGGAUUUGUUGUUGUUCAUGGCGACAGUGUGAAGAGAGUGUAACGAAACGAUGGUGAAAUGAGGCAAUUUGUGGUUAAAUUAAAUAUCGGAAUGCAUGACUGAUUUAAUUUUAAAAUUAAAUUUUGUCGUACGCUAUAUGAAUGUAGUAGGAAUGUUCGUACCAUCACGUGCUUUCGAUUUCGAAGACAAUUUUCAUUGUCGAACAUGUAAAAAGAUUUUAGUGAAAUUCUUGGAAACCCAAAUUAGAAUCAUAUAAUCGAUUUUAUAUAUUGGAUUCCGAAAUUUUAAAAUAUAAUGCAAGAAAAAAUCACAAUUCCUG